AUUCCAGGUCUAGAACGGGUGGCGGAGGAGUUGAUGGGUCGAAGAAAAUGGAAAUUAUGCCAGGACGCGUUGAUACCAAAGAGGAGCGAGCCCGAAGCUUCGAGCGACGAGUCUAUGCCUGGCACCGACCCCCCUCCCGCGCUCAAGAUCAAGACCAUAGAGCAGAUAAACGCGCCCGAGGCGGAGGAGAAGAGCCAGCCGUCGAGGCCGGAGACGAUCCUGGAGAGUCUGAUCAAGCGGCCGGCCACCCAGCCGAAGCUGGAGCUGCCGGAGCCCACGGACUGGAAGCCGCCGGACAAAUGCUACUUUUGCGUGGACGGCGAGAGGGGUGAGCCCGUACCGGAGGGAGGGCAGGGCGGCGCGACCAGUCCUGCAUCGGAAUCGGAUAGCAGCUCGGUGUCGGGCGCGAAGAGCCCUGCCGCCGCACCACCGCUGCUGCAACACCUGCUGCAGCUGCAACUGCAGGCGCAGAGUCCGCAAGCCGUGGCGCAGUUCCAGCAGAUGGUGGCGGCGCUAGCUACUCUGGGCACUGGGCUGGUGCCUCCCGCAGUGCUGUCGCAGGUGUGGCUGAUGCAAAGACUGGCGCAGAACAGACACGCUGUAGACCGGCUCCCGGAGGCGGGUGAGAAGCCGGCGCCGCCGUCUCCGACCCUAGCGGAACAGCCCCUGGACCUCAGCGCCAAGUCCACUUCCAGCACCAGUGGGACUCCCCCGCCUGACGCCAAGACCCUGGACAGCCGGAUGAAACGAAGUGCGCUGGAUGCAAGCAACAGCGUCGCACGGCGAGCAUACACUGACGAUGAGCUGCAGUCUGCGCUCCGGGACAUCCAGUCCGGAAAACUGGGCACGCGCCGCGCCGCCGUCGUCUACGGCAUCCCACGCUCCACCCUUCGCAACAAGGUCAACAAGUUCGGCCUUUCCACUGAGCAACACGACUCGGAAGUCGACAGCGAUCCCGAACGACCAGAAUCACCUCCCUCCGUCAUACUAAAAAUACCAACUUUCCCGCCACCGGAUGACAAGAGCCCCUCGCCGGCCACUCCAGUCACCACACCGGUCACACCGAUCACUCCCAUCAUCCCUCCGCCGCAGCCACCGCUAAAUCCUUCUGCACAUUUACCGGCCUUCUUUGCCGAUCCGCCGACCAACCAACAUCUGUUCACGUCUAUCAACGAUGUUAUAGUCAGAAGCAUUAGCCAAAAGUUCCAGCAGCUGCCGGACCGACCACCUCAACCAUCUGAUCUGCAAUAUAUGAGAGCACCUGAUCGACAUGUGUCCGUCAUUAAGACUCCACCGGACAACCAGAGGAACUAUCAGAUGCCGAGCAACUCAAAAGCGACGAAUAACGGCCAGCCCGCCACAGGAGGCAAGGGCACGAGGCCCAAAAGAGGUAAGUACAGAAAUUAUGAUAGAGACAGCCUCGUGGAAGCAGUCAAAGCUGUGCAGAGAGGUGAGAUGUCAGUUCACAGAGCUGGUUCAUAUUAUGGUGUUCCGCAUUCAACUCUCGAGUACAAGGUCAAGGAGCGGCAUUUGAUGCGUCCGAGAAAGAGAGAGCCAAAACCGCAACAGGACCCGAAGCCACCACCGAAACCUCAGCCAAAAGUCCCGCCGCCAACAAAGCCGUUCUCGAAUGGAAUGAACGGACCUGAAACGCCGGCGUACCCGACGGGCUACCCAUUCUGGGCGGGUGCUGGUUUUCCGCCGCCAUCACCGGAUCUGUAUGCAUCACACAUGAUGCGCCGAUUACGCGAAGAGGCACCUCCACCAGCGAACGGAUCAUUCCUCGAAGGCAUAAUCAGGUCGAGUUUAGAACGUCCAGGGGCGGCUCUGAUGCACCGACUGACGGAGCAACGGCCGCUCGCCCCGCAGGACGCUCCGAGUCUGUUGAGACGUUUGACGGGUGAACCAGAUGAGCCCCCGGCGAGGCGCCCGAGACUGGACAGCUCGGACCGGCAGCUGGCUGCAGAGAUGCGUGAGGCGGUGCAGCGCCUUCGUGCCGACAAGCUUCGGCCACGCAACGGCACUCCCACGCCUCCUGCGCCCGUCUCGCCGCCGCCCGCGCCCGCCUCCGCGCCUAACGAUCGCGCCUAA